AUGACAAGAAGCAGGAGGCUUGUGACAGCUGAGGAUGAGGAUACUAUUGCUUUGAAGGAACAAAGUGUUUUGAAGGACACUAUUGAUAAAGAAAAUGAUGAGAAAAUCCUUCCACCGAAGCACAAAGACCCUGGGAGUGUGACCAUUCCUUGCUCAAUAGGUGAAGUCGCAGUGCGAAAAUCUCUCAUUGACUUGGGAGCCAGUAUCAAUUUGAUGCCACUCUCCAUGUGCAGAAGAUUGAGAGAGUUGGAAAUCAUGCCUACGAGGAUGACUUUACAAUUGGCUGGCCACUCCAUCACCAGACCAUAUAGAGUUAUUGAAGAUGUUUUGGUUCGAGUAUAA